AUGGGGAUCAUUGACCUCUGGGACAUAGUCAUUGACUCCGACGCCCAAUUAGGUCGAGUCAGCCUCUCCCAGUUUGUGGUUGACCAUUAUCGUAACCAUCCUUCACCUCCAACCGUAGCAGUGGAUGGCAACAUUCUUCUUUUGGGAUCAACCAAAGGCUCUGGAACGUCGUCUGAACUUCAAGAUAAGAUCACCAUUGGCAACUUCACCGCCAAACUAUUGGCAUUGUCGGCCUUAGGGAUUACAUACGUUGUUGUGUUUGAUGGCAUAUAUAAACCGUAUAAACUACGUCAUGAUCAUGGCAAUAAUAGUAACUAUGAUCAGUUGAGGAGUAUGUAUAUGAGCCAUGAAGGUGAUGAAGCUUCCUUAGGGGAGACGGGGUACCCCCUUAUAGACAAGACUAUUGCACAAUUGAAGAACUUGGGUAUUCAAUAUUUGUUUUGUCCUGCCGAAGCCGAAGCUCAAUGUGCUUAUUACCAAAUGCAUGGAGUAGUUGACUAUGUUAUCACCAAUGAUAGUGAUUGCUUUGCCUUUGGUGCCACGAAAGUACUCCGUAACAUGACCAGGGAAGAUAAUAGUGAUCAAUAUAAUGUCACUGUAUUUGAUAUUAAUGAUAAUAAGGUAUGGACCAGAAACUCCUUUAUAUUCUUAGCAUCUUUAAGAGGAGGUGAUUAUUCUGAAGGGGUUCGGUCUUUAGGCUCAAAGCGAUCUGCUGCUCUUGUCAGUUCUAAUCUGGAGUGGACACACAAGUUUAUUGAAUGUUUCAUUGAACAUGAAAGUAUUAAAGAUAGUGAAGUACGAGAAUCUUUGAUUCUUGAGUUCUCCCAAAAUCUAUUGAAUUACGUUGAAAAUAAUGCUAAAAAGAUAUUUGGGAUGCGAUUUAUUCCCAAAUCCAUUCAAUUAUCGUCUAAUUUUCCACUAUUUUAUUUGAAACCAUUGGUUCUUGAAACCCCAAUGGAGUUUGCUACAAAUUGUCUUAGUAAUGCUAAGAUUGAAGACGAAAGACAGUUCCAAUUUGGCUCCAAAUUAGGUGACUUCCCCAUCAAAUAUUUGAUUAUUAAGUUAAUUCAAUUAUCUUCAGCAAUUCAGUAUAUCUCCAUAACCAGAGAUAAAUUGAUUGGGUUAAUACCAAAUCUAAUGGUGAAAUAUGAAGAAGAUAGACUAAGAGAUCAUUUUGAUAUAAGAAAAAGAAACAGGUCUCCAUCAUUACCUCCUUCUUCACCAUUAAAGAAGUCGCCAAAAUCUCCGUUGAAGUCUCCACUGAAGUCUCCUAAAAGAGGUGACUACGUUUGGCUUCCAAGAGUGAUUGUACAACGAUUCAAUAAGGAAAUAGUGAUGAAAUAUGAUCGACAAAAGUCUCCAAAUAAACAAUCUACAACUCUUGAUCAUUUCAAGCAAUUUUCACCUACAAAGAAGGAUCAUUUUGAUCACAUUCAACCAUUAUCAACGAUCCCAAAGCUAACUCAUUCAAAAAGUGAACUACAAUAUUCUCCAAAUAAGAAAAAACAACUACAACCAGUGUUCACGAAUUAUGUAUCUCCUACUCGAUCACCUCGAAAGAAGCAGAAGAAGAAUGCCUUUCUUCCCGGCCAGAAAUCGGUUGAUACUUUUUUUAGUAAGCUUAAUUAUUUUCCAACCAAACCCGCAACAGUGGGUUAUUCAAAUGAAGAAGAAGAUAACCCAUUUUUCGUGUCCAGUCCCAAAUCCACUGGUACUACUUCUACUACUUCUACUGGUACUACUACUUCUACUACUUCUACUGGUACUACUACUUCUACUACUUCUACUGGUACUACUACUUCUACUUCUACUACUGGUACUACUAGUACCACUGCUAAUACCUCAGCUACUACUACUUCCACUUCUGUGAUAAACCUCAUCUCAUCGGAAGCAGAUACAAUUGGGUCUACGGAACAGGAACAGCCAUUUCCGAUAAAAGCCGGGAAAACAGUUUCUCUAACCGAAAGCUUAUUAUCUUGGAGUGAUGAAGAAGAUCUGAUUCAGUGA